AUGGCAAAUUCUGAAAGAACUGCAGAGAUGCCAGAAAAUUGCCAGAGAAAUAGAAAACUACGAGAACAACUGCCCAAAGUAAGAAACCCAGUUGUUGGACCUUUUGAAAUAUUUCGCUUUGCUGAUGGACUGGACCUCACACUCAUGGUCCUGGGAUUACUGGCAUCAUUGGUAAAUGGAGCCUGUCUUCCUGUAAUGUCAAUGAUUUUAGGAGAAAUGAGUGAUAACCUGCUUAGUGGGUGUCUAGUCAAAAGCAACACAACAAUUUAUCGAAACUGUACUCAGUCUCAAGAGAAGCUGAAUGAAGAUAUGAUUGUGUUGACCCUGUAUUAUGUUGGAAUAGGAGUUACUGCCUUGGUUUUUGGCUACGUGCAGAUUUCCUUUUGGAUUAUGACUGCAGCACGACAGACCAAGAGAAUUCGAAAACAGUUUUUUCAUUCCAUUUUGGCACAGGACAUCAGCUGGUUUGAUGGCUGUGACAUGGGUGAACUUAACACUCGAAUGACUGAUGACAUCAACAAAAUCAAUGAUGGUAUUGGAGACAACAUUGCUCUGUUUUUUCAAAACAUGUCUACAUUUUCUAUUGGCCUGGCAAUUGGUUUGGUGAAGGGCUGGAAACUCACCCUGGUGACUCUGUCUACAUCUCCUCUUAUAAUUGCUUCAGCGGCCAUGUUUUCUAGGAUAGUCAUCUCGUUGACCAGUAGGGAAUUAAAUGCCUACUCCAAAGCUGGAGCUGUGGCAGAAGAAGUUUUGUCAUCAAUCCGGACAGUCAUAGCCUUUGGGGCCCAAGAGAAAGAAAUUCAAAGGUAUACACACAAUCUAAAAGAUGCGAAGGAUGUUGGCAUUAAAAAAGCUAUAGCUUCGAAACUCUCUCUUGGUGCUGUGUACUUCUUUAUGAAUGGAACGUAUGGGCUCACUUUCUGGUAUGGAACCUCCUUGAUUCUGAAUGGAGAACCUGGUUAUACCAUUGGAACUGUCCUUGCUGUUUUCUUUAGUGUAAUCCAUAGUAGUUAUUGUAUUGGAACAGCAGCCCCUAACUUUGAAACCUUCACUAUAGCCCGAGGAGCUGCCUUUAAUAUUUUUCAGAUUAUUGAUCAGAAACCUUCUAUAGGUAACUUUUCAACAACAGGUUAUAAACCAGAAUGCAUAGAGGGCACUAUAGAAUUUAAAAAUGUUUCUUUCAGUUAUCCAUCAAGACCUUCUGUCAAGAUUCUGAAAGGUCUGAAUCUCAAAAUUAAGUCUGGAGAGACAGUAGCCUUGGUUGGCCCCAAUGGCAGUGGAAAGAGUACAGCAGUCCAGCUUCUGCAGAGGCUGUAUGAUCCCGAAGACGGCUUUAUCACUGUGGAUGGAAGCGAUAUCAGAACUUUAAAUGUGCGACAUUAUCGAGAGAGUAUUGGAGUGGUCAGCCAAGAGCCUGUUUUGUUUGGGACUACCAUUAAUAACAAUAUUAAAUAUGGAAGAGACGGUGUGACCGAUGAAGAGGUUGAGAAAGCAGCAAAGGAAGCAAAUGCUUACGAUUUUAUAAUGGAAUUUCCCAAUAAAUUUAAUACCUUAGUAGGUGAAAAAGGAGCUCAAAUGAGUGGAGGACAGAAGCAGAGAAUUGCAAUUGCUCGAGCUUUAGUUCGAAACCCAAAGAUACUGAUCUUAGAUGAGGCUACAUCUGCCCUAGAUACAGAAAGUGAAUCAGUUGUUCAAGCUGCACUGGAAAAGGCCAGCAAAGGUCGGACUACAAUUGUGGUAGCACACCGACUUUCCACUAUUAGAAGUGCCGACGUGAUUGUGGCCAUGAAAGAUGGGAUGGUGGUGGAAAAAGGAACUCAUGCUGAACUGAUGGCACAACAAGGUCUCUAUUAUUCACUUGCAAUGUCACAGGAUAUUAAAAAAGCUGAUGAACAGAUGGAAUCCAUGGCAUAUUCUGAAAAAAAUACCAGCUCUGUUCCUCUGUGCUCCAUGAAUAGCAUCAAGUCAGACUUUACUGACAAGUCUGAGGAAUCUACUCAACAUAAAGAGGCAAGUCUUCCUGAAGUUUCACUAUUAAAAAUUUUUAAAUUAAACAAGUCUGAAUGGCUUUCUGUGGUUCUGGGGACAUUGGCUUCUGUUCUAAAUGGAACUGUUCAUCCCAUAUUUUCUGUCAUCUUUGCAAAAAUCAUAACUAUGUUUGAAAAUGAUGAUAAAACCACAUUAAAGCAUGAUGCAGAAAUGUAUUCCAUGGUAUUUGUCAUUUUGGGUGUUAUUUGCUUUGUCAGUUAUUUUAUCCAGGGAUUAUUUUAUGGCAGAGCAGGAGAAAUUUUAACCAUGAGAUUAAGACACUUGGCAUUUAAAGCCAUGUUAUAUCAGGAUAUUUCCUGGUUUGAUGAUAAGGAAAACAAUACAGGAGCCUUGACGACAAUAUUAGCCAUAGAUAUAGCACAAAUUCAAGGAGCAACAGGUUCAAGGAUUGGUGUCUUAACACAAAAUGCAACUAACAUGGGGCUGUCAGUUAUCAUUUCCUUCAUAUAUGGCUGGGAGAUGACGCUCUUGAUUCUGAGUAUUGCUCCAGUACUUGCUCUGACAGGAAUGAUCGAAACCUCAGCAAUGACUGGAUUUGCCAACAAGGAUAAACAAGAACUUAAGCGUGCUGGAAAGAUAGCAACUGAAGCUGUGGAAAAUAUCCGUACUAUAGUGUCCUUGACGAGAGAAAAAGCUUUUGAGCAAACGUAUGAGGAGACGCUUCAGACUCAGCACAGAAAUACCUUAAAGAAAGCACAGAUCAUUGGAAGCUGUUACGCAUUCAGCCAUGCCUUUGUAUAUUUUGCCUAUGCAGUGGGGUUUCGAUUUGGAGUCUAUUUAAUUCAAGCUGGACGAAUGACCCCAGAGGGCAUGUUCAUAGUUUUCACUGCAGUGGCAUAUGGAGCUAUGGCCAUUGGAGAAACACUUGCUUUGGCACCUGAAUAUUCGAGAGCCAAAUCUGGGGCUGCACAUCUAUUUGCUCUGUUGGAAAAGAAACCAACUAUAGACAGCUAUAGUCAAGAAGGGAAAAAGCCAGACACCUGUGAAGGGAAUAUAGAGUUUCGAGAAGUCUCUUUCUUCUAUCCGUGUCGUCCAGACGUCCUCAUCCUUCGUGGCUUAUCCCUCAGUAUUGAGAAAGGGAAGACAGUAGCAUUUGUUGGGAGCAGUGGCUGUGGGAAAAGCACUUCUAUCCAACUCCUUCAGAGAUUUUAUGACCCCAUGAAAGGACAAAUACUGUUUGAUGGUGUGGAUGCAAAGGAGCUGAACGUCCAAUGGCUCCGCUCCCAAAUAGCAAUUGUUUCCCAAGAGCCUGUGCUCUUCAACUGCAGCAUUGCUGAGAACAUCGCCUAUGGUGAUAAUAGCCGUGUGGUGCCAUUAGAUGAGAUAAAGGAAGUAGCAAAUGCAGCAAAUAUCCAUUCUUUUAUUGAGGGUCUCCCUGAGAAAUACAACACACAAGUUGGACUGAAAGGAGCACAGCUUUCUGGAGGCCAAAAACAAAGACUAGCUAUUGCAAGGGCUCUUCUCCGAAAACCAAAAAUUUUAUUGUUGGAUGAAGCCACUUCAGCCCUUGACAAUGAGAAUGAAAAGGUGGUUCAGCAUGCCCUUGAUGAGAUCAGUAAGGGGAGGACGUGCCUAGUGGUGGCUCACAGACUCUCCACCAUACAGAACGCAGACUUGAUAGUGGUUCUGCACAACGGAACAAUAAAGGAAUGGGGCACUCACCAAGAGCUCCUGAGAAACCAAGACAUAUAUUUUAAAUUAGUGAAUGCACAGUCAGUGCAGUGAUGCUGUUCAAGUUAGCACACACUUUGAUCUUUGUGUAAUGAAAAGAAAGGUUACUUAGUAAUUGUUUGGCAUGCUUUGAUCUCUUUUACUGAGAUAUCAAUAUCUAGAAUCAUGCUCUGCAAGCACAGCCAUGUUCUGUUUACACGCUCUCUUCCCUUCAGAUUUUUUUAAAAGAAACAAAAAUUUCCUAAACUCAUUUGAGUAAAAUAAUGCCUGUAUCCCUCACUUUAUAAAAGUGUUCUAGCAUACUUGUUUAUAAAGCAAUUUUCUGCAAAGUGAAUCUAUUUUCCCAUCAACUUCUGCUAUAAAACCAGGACUAUGUUCCAGGAGGGAAAAUUCAUCAAGGUAACUAAGUUGGUAGAUUUUCGCAAAGAGAGAGUAAGAUGUAGCUGGGCCUGUGGCAUCACAGGACGAAUGAUUUUAAUUUGGAACUUCCAGGACAUUGUAACUCCUAUUAGAGUACUUUGAGACAGUCCUUUUCUCUAGACCUUAGGAAUUUUUCUCAUAUCUCCCUCAGUGCUUCUGUUAAUGAAUACCCACUGUUUCCAAAAAUUAUCACUUUGUUAGGGGGACAGGAGGAUGACAGUGUAAAAUUUCUGAUGAAUUAGGUGGUUAUCUUUCACUUUACCCGUAAGUGAAAUGUUUCAUGUGAUCCAUCUUGAAAAUUCCAUCGUUCUGCGUUUUGGGUUUGGCAGAAUAAAUCACAGGCCUACCAGUAUAUGAACACUUAAAUUUACUUAAAAUAAGAGCUGCUGUUGUUAUGGGUGAAAAUUUUUAAAUACCUUUAUUAUUAAUCAAGUGAUUUGUUUAAAUUUGAUACAUACCUUAUUUUAUAUAUGUAUGAUUUUAAAGUUUUGUGUAAAUAACAAUAUUGGUAAUCUGAGUCAUGUUUUCCACUUACCUAAAUAUGUAAUUGCAUCUAGUGAUUUUAUCUCCAUUCUAAUUGUAUUUUCUUUCAUUUACAGUGACACAGCCAGCCUAUCUAAAGCACACUCUUCCAGUAAUAUAGAAUCUUGCUAACAGAUGUACAAAAUAAAUCGAAAUAAAGCCCAGAUGCUCACAGACAGACAGUUCCAGGCCUUGGCGACUCGAAGCUGGCGUGCAGAGCGUAGUUCCAGAGCUCGGGGUUGCUGCUUUUGCUGCCCAGCUGGCACACUGCCUCCCUAACCCUAGCUGCAGAGCAAGCCCCGAACGCUAUUUUCACUUUAACCCUUUUACCGAAAAAUUGAGCAUCCACUCAGGCUCCUUUUGGAUAGAGAAAACAGGUACUAACGUGGGUCUUUCCUAAAAGGAAGGUGGCAUAAGGCAAAGUUUGGGAAAGCAGGGAUACCUGUAUCACCUUCGUCUUGUCCUGGGUUAUGAUCAGUUGCUGUUGACCCACUGGCUAGGACACUUCUAUUCUUGGCUUGCUUAACUUGUUCUUUCCAUUCACAUGGCAAAUGCAAUUUUAAUCACCUUCAUUUUCUUUUCAUUUUAGUCAUACCAUAGUUCAAGUUUGUUUUAUUUAAUUUUGAAAUAAUUUUGUAUUUGAGUGUACAUUGCUGAAUGUCGUACACUGGCUAAUUUCCCUCAAGACAUUUAUUUAUAUUAUGACACAUCCCUUAGUCUCAAGCACUUCCUAGUCUCAGGAAAACACUGAUUUCUGGCAGUCAUGAUUCACAUGCUAAUACUUAUCCAGAGUGACCUCAAUUCAAACUUGUUCAGGCAUGCUUGCCCUCUGCUUCUCCUUUGCCUUUGGGUUUGGAUAUACAGUAGUAACAAGAGACAAUAAUGAUGCACCAGUUUAAAAAGAGAGGAGGCGGGGACCUGUAAAUACCUGGCCUAGAAAGUUCUAAACACAACAGAAAUGGCUAACCAGAGAGGCCAGGAUCUAUCAGAGACUCCUUCCUAGGAGGAAGGGCUGUUCAGUGAGUCUUAAAAUAACUGCAACACCAAUGAGAGUACCAGUGGAAUAGAAACGAUUUAGCAAAGAUAAGCUAUG